CAUUUCUUUGGAUCUGAAGACCAUUCACGACUCGGCCCCUGAUUACAAGUUCGGGAAGGAGAAUCCUCGUAAUCCUCGCUUGAAGGAUUACGUGCUGUCUCCGUCGGGUGUCGCUCGGAUAUCUGAAGUUCGAGCUGAUCCGUGGGAUUCUGCCUCUUCUCCCGAAGCUGUUCCAGUGAAAGUCGUGCUCCCUGAUUUGAGGACAACCUCGGAUCCGGAUCAGCGCAAAAGGAAGGGCAGCACUCUUUUGAGGCCUUCUGCGCAUCCGAAGAAAGCGAAAGCUUCUCAGUCUUCGGAGAAGGAAGCGGUUUCGGAAGUCAUGCCUCCUCCCAAAAAUCUCCUUCACUUCAUGCCCUUGCCAGGGCAGAAGUUGAAGAGUGUGGUGGUUGCGGAACCGCCGCCCGUGGACCAACCGUUGGCUGAGGAAGAUACCAUCCCCUCUCCGCUGAAGCCGUCUGCUGCUUUAGGGAUCGAGAUCCAGGAUAUAACCAAGGUGAUGGAGGCAAUUGAAGCCGACCUUGUUCCUGGCUCGGAUGUCCCUAUUGUGGCCGAGCAGAAGGAAGAAUCUGCUGACGUUUCUCUCGAAAGGGAGAAAAGUCCAGAUAAGGAGAUGGUGGAUCUCACCGAAGCUCACAUAGAGGUUCCCGAAGCUGAGAAGGAGGUCCCUUCUGCUGAGGAGGAGCAACCCGAGCAGGGUCUGACGAGGAAGAGGCGCCACUCGACCUUGGGCUCUACUUCGACCUCGGCCCUGGAUAGACUGAUCCACGCUGACCCUUGCUCGGAUGUUCCGCUGAAACGGAUCCCCGAGGAGGUAAGGGAGGCGAUGGCUCGCUAUGCUAGAGCUCCGGUUUUGGGGGAGAACCCCAUGGCUCACGUGGGAUCUUUGGUGGGUCCCGAAGCUGCACGGGAGAAUCUUCUUCGGGCCAACCCGCAGUGGAGGGUUCCUGGAGCUGAGGAGAGGAACCCAGCUAUGAUGGCCCAAUAUUAUCUGAAUGAGGUAAGUGUUGGAAAUUUUGUUUUGAGUUCCGUUUUUGGUUUGUUGUUUUCUUCUUUCCUCAUCUUUUCUCGUCUUUUCUUCUUUCCCAGGCUGUUUUCUUGUCCUCGUUCGCUUCCGAGUGUAGCUCGGUUGAGGAGAGGCAACUGAGGAGGUAUCAGGAGGCUUAUGCUCGUGAUAUCCCUGUCUUGGACCAGAAGGCUGGGCAGCUCAUGGCCGAGAUGGUGGACCUCAAGCAACUGUACCUUCGGUACAGUCGUGAGGCUAGGGAAUCGGCUGAGCAGAUCGGGGCCGAAGUUGGGAAGCUUACUUUCCGAGUCGAGGAGGAUGCUGAAAAGAUAGCUUCCUUCGACAAGGAGAGGAAAGAAAUGGCCGCCAAGUUUGCGAGCGAACUUGAAGAAAAGGACAGUCUUCUCAAGGAGAUGACUUCUAAAUUUGAGGCGGCCAUUAAGCAGAGCCAGGAAGCGGAGGCGAGGCUUCAGCAGUUUGUCAAACAUCGGGAGAUUGUUCAGAACCAAGCUGACAAGGUGCCCGUUCUCCAGCUGAAGAUCCGAGAGAAGGAUGCUGCCAUUCGGAAAUUGGAGCAAGAGAGAGUUGACCUCUACACUGCUGAUCAGUGUAGGGAGCAAUACUGGAAUGGCAUCCUGGGUGCUCGGCGGAUGUUCGCGAAGCAUAUGCCUCAUUUCCCUUGGAAUGAGAAGGUUCCGCUCUGGAUGAGGGCCCAGGAUCACUUGGUGGAGUGCCAGGCCGAUCGAGACGAAGCUGAAGCUGAACGCCAAGCUGCUCUUGCAGAGGCUCGGGCCCAGAAGGCGACUUCCGAAGGUGAUACUACUGCUGGGGGUUCUUCGAAGGAUGCUCCCCUGGGGGAUGCUCCUGAGACUCCCAAGAGUUAGGGAUUCGGGCAGUCGUCUUCUUCAGAGUCGGUCGGUUCCAGUUGAGGACUUCCGAACAUGUGCUUGCCUUUCCCCCUUUUGCCUCGGCGCUGCGUUGUACUCAUUUAUUUUUGUUUUCUUUAGUACUUCGGUAGGCCGGUAUUGUCUGUUGAUGGCUGCCGAUUUUAACUGUUUCAUUUUGUUUUCAAUUUUUGAGGCUUUCAAUGUAUUUGUACUCCCCCCAAAUAUUGAAU